AUGAUAGAACUAGAGAAACAAUUUGAAUUACCAAUUAUAUCUUCGUUUAAUGUUCUUCGAGAAUACAUAGCGAAAUUUAUUGAUUUUGAUGUUCCAUCGAAUUACACUAACAAUGCUCAACCAUUGGAAUUUAUUCGUCUUUAUGAUAUUGAAAAUGAUCAACCAACAUCAAUUGUACAUGAGCCUAUUCUAACAACUCUAAAACAAGCAAGAGUACGCGAUUUAUGCUCAUAUGCCUUCGAAAUAUUAUCUCAUCCUGAAUAUUUAGCAAAAAAAGACUUACUUCUUAAUAUUGUUUAUUCGAAAGAUACUAAUAAUAACUAUUUUCAACAUAAAUUUGAACUUCAUUGGUCAAUACGAGACAAUACAAGUGCUAAAUAUGAAUAUCUCGAACAUCACAUUUUAUUGCAUUUAAAAUCCUUAAUAGACGAUAAUCUUUAUGACAAAAAUGAUUCAAAAGAAAUAAUUAAAAUAACUAUAGCACGUUAUUUUCCUGAUCGAGGACAAUGGAUAAUAAUUGAUCCUUCAUUAAUAACAAAUAAAAAAGUGAAAACAUCAAAUCUUAAUCUUAAACUUGAACCAUAUAAACUACUUGAUUUUACUGUUCUUGGUAUACUUGAAGGUGAACAGUUAACAGCAGAAGAUUUUGAUACUCAAUUUGAUAAAAUAAAAAGACAAGAAAUUGAACAUGAAAAAGAACAAAAAAGAACAAAUCGUGAAAGAAAUCGAACUGAAAAUGAUCGUAAUCAACAAAAUGGCAAUAGUGGACGUCGAAAAUCACCACAACAUACUAUGCGAAUUAAUGUCGACGAUUUUAAUAGUUAG